GUCCUUUUAUGACUCCGCUACCGCCUCUGCCGACGCCCGCUACCAGCAGCACUCCCCCCUCCCCCCCUUUCCCCUUCCCCCGAGACCCCAAUUGGGAAUCCUCAGCAGCAAAGUCGAGCGACAUUACCUACCUACUCCGUCCGCACCCACCCCGCCUCCACGAUGCCGCCGCGGCCGCACCUGCGACCGCUGCACCGCGCGGCGCAGCGCGUCCUGGCCGGGCGAGCCGCAGAUAGCCGCGGGCCGGGGCUCCGACGCUUCGCCGCCUCCUCGCGCUCCGCGGGCGCGGCGCCCCCCGAGGCCGACCCUGAGCUCCCCCCGCCGCCGCCGGCCCGGUGGCACUCGGACCUCAGGGCGCGCCUGGGCAGGUGCAUCCAGUUCGGCUGCAGCCGCGAGCAGGCCGCGCGCGCCGCCGCCGUGCUCAGGGUCCUGGCCCAGGAGUGGCGCGGCCUGGCCGCCGGCGCCGAGGGCUUCCUGACCGGCGACCGCCGCGGCCUCGAGACCCAGCAGGUUGUCUGGGGCGAGAUGGACAGUUUCGGCCACGUCAACAACGCCGUGUACAUCCGGUACGUGGAGUCGGCGCGGGUGAACUGGAUCGUGCGGUUCGCGGCGGCGGACCCGGCGCACGCGGGCGCGUGGCGCGAGCUGAUGACGCCGCGGGGCACGGGGCUGAUCCUGCAGUCGAUCACGGCGGACUACAAAUUCCCCAUGACGUACCCCGACACGAUCUCGGCGUACCUGAAGCUGCGCGCGCCGCCGCGCUCGGGCGACACGGCGCUGGCGCUCGACGGCGUCGUGCUCUCGCACCUGCACCGGCGCGCCGCCGCGCGCACCGCCGAGACCGUCGUCGUCUACGACUACGCCGCCGGCCGCAAGGCGCCCCUGCCCCCCUUCGCCCUCGCCGUCCUCCGCGCCGAGUGGCGCCGCCAGCUCGCCGAGGCCCGCCGCGCCCGCGCCCGCGUCGCCGCCCUCACCGCCGACGUCGUCGCCCUCGAGCGCGCCACCUGGGACCGCGAGGGCGCCGUCGAGGACUUCGGCCCCGCCCCCGCGAACCCGUAGCCCCCCGCGCGGCCGCGGACAUAGACGCGUGGCGCAGAGCUGCGCACCCGAGGAAGGAGAGGAGGGAAGAAACUCGCUGUGAUGGCUCGAGACGACGAGUCGUGGCCUUGAGAAUAGACCUCAGUUUAUUGUGUAUAUCAACCAACAUAGUUUCACUGAUGUGAUAAAGGAAACAAUUUGCCCCCGGACAGACGUCUGGUAGGG